AUGCCGGCCGAGCUGCCUGAACAGUUUGCCGGUGCAACCGGAAUUGGUGCGGAGGUUUCUUUUCAUGCCACCAAUGAAGAGAUUAUGGGCAAAGUGGUUGCCAGCGGCGGCAAAGGAUACGAUGUACUUUUUGUUUCGUCACCUUUUGCAGAAGCGUUAAACAAGUUGGGGCUGACAGCACCAAUUGAUGCCGCGAAAAUACCUAACCUGAGGAACCUGUACAAAGAAGCAGGCGAGCUUGCCUAUGAUCCAGGCAAUACGUUUUCAAUACCGUAUGCAUGGGGUACCACAGGACUGUGUUAUCGAUCUGAUCUGGUUAACGGCACACCAGACAGCUGGAACGACCUGCUGUCUCCAAGCGACGACCUGAAAGGGAAAGUGACCAUGCUGGCGACCGAUCGCUGGUUAAUGGCUGCCGGCAUGCUGGCGAAAGGAUAUUCGGUGAAUGAAUCUGACCAGGCCAAGAUUGAUGAAGUUAAGGAUCAAUUGAUCGAAACCAAGAAAAGCCUGCUGGCAUACGAUGACACAACGUUUUACUCUAAGCUGGUAUCCGGAGAAGCCUCGUUGGUGCAUGCAUGGGACGGCUGGUGUAACUAUGGUAUUGCAGAAAACCCUGAAAUUAAAUACGUCAUCCCAAAAGAAGGCACUGACCUCUGGGUUGAUACGAUGGUCAUCAUGAAGUCGUCGAAUAAUCAGGAUGCUGCGCACACAUUCAUCAACUACAUUCUGGGUGCAGAAACCGGCAAAUGGGUUGUAGAGAACAUUAUGUAUAAAGUGCCCAAUCAGGUGGCAAUGGAGUCUAUCGAUUCAUCGAUGAAAAUAUCUUUCGAAAACAUUGCAAUACCCCCAUCACAACUGCUGCAAGGCGAACAGCUGCGCGACCUGGGCAAUACGCAAAAGGCUUACACCCGCGCUGUAUCUGAAAUAACCGCAUCGCAAUAA